CAAUAUCUAAUUUGACCUGUGCGACCUCUCUAUGGUGGAUCCAAAUACAGCUGUAGGCUAGCUGUACGUGUGUGAAGUGCAGCUGUCUUGUUACAUCCUGCUAGAGCUGCUUACCCAUUAAGAAUCUACCCGGUACCCAGACCCCACUUCCUGGGCACAGGAUGGUAUUUGAGUCAGUGAUUGUGGACAUCCUCAAUAAGUACCUCAAACCGUACGUGAAAAGAUUGGACUCUUCACAACUCAAUCUUGGCGUAUGGAAAGGAGAUGUACGUGUGGAGAAGCUGGAGUUGAAGGAGGAUCUCUUUGCUGAGGCUGGCCUGGAUGUACCUCUGCGUAUCUUAAGGAGUUAUGUCGGCAAACUGGAGGCUCACAUUCCCUGGAAGAGCUUGACCAAGGAACCCAUUGAGAUCACAAUCGAUGAGGUGUACGUUAUCCUGGGCCCCGAUCUAGACACGAGUUACGACCCUAAGAGGGACUUGGCGAGACGAAGGAAGGAAAAGAAGAAAAAGAUCAAAGACUAUCAUGACGCUCUUAAGAAGAAGAAAAAUAAACUAAAGGAGGCCAAAAAGGGAAAGAAGAAGAGGAAGGACUCUGAAAAGCCGGACACAUUUGCUGAGAAGUUGGCCGUGCACAUGACCAAGAACCUUCAGGUCAAAGUUCGUGAUAUCCACCUCCGCUAUGAGGAUCAUGUGACCAAUCCCUCUACUGUGUUGGCAGCCGGUAUUACCCUACACAGUCUCAACCUCAAGAGCACUGAUAGUAACUGGGUGCCCUGUGUUGUGAGGGAGACUGCCACCCUCAUCUACAAGUUGAUAGAGAUGAACUGCCUGGGGCUGUACUGGAACACGUCUGGUGUGUCUUCGUUUGCAUCACCUGACCUCACCACUGAGCAGAUGAUCGAAGCCAUGAGGAAUGCAAUAGCCAGACCAGCUGUUCCCCCGCCCCCUACCAACUCUUACCUGCUCAACCCGAUGUCAGCUGCUGCUAAACUGAAGCUCAACCUCAAGCCUGGCGUUGACCUCUCCCUACCUCAGCUGUUGAUGGGGAUGGAGUGUGAGGACAUUGUGUUCUCGUUGCAACAGUCACAAAUGAAGACUCUGCUGCUGACAGUGGAGUCAUAUGACCGUCACAUGGUCAACCAGAAGUUUCUCAAGUAUAAGCCCCUCAAGGGUGUGAUUGAAGACACGAGGGCGUGGUGGAGGUACGCCAUUUCUGCUGUGUUGGAGGAGGACGUCAAGAGGAAGAUUAGGAUGUGGUCAUGGACACACAUCAAAGAGCACAGGGAGAGAGUGAAGCUUUAUGUUGAGAAGUACCGUGAGAAGACUCGCUCCAUAAACCCCUCCUCUUCACUGCUCACCAAGAUACAGGAAUUAGAAGACCAACUCGACUGGUUCAAUAUUCUGGUGUACAGAGAGGAGGCCACAAAGAAAGAGAAAUCUAAGGCCAGAAAAGACUCUUACCAAGUACCCCACAAGGUUCUUUCCAAGACUCUGAGCACCCCCGUAGGCCUGCAUCCCCUCACCACACAUGGAAAAAAAAGCCCUAGCAUGCCUAUCAUACUUCCCAUUUAUGAAGAGACUGAAACAGGUGUGGUGACGCCCCCACCAAUAAAUGGUGCGUCCCCUAAUGGCUCCACCUCUCCCAACACACCCCCUAUCCCUGAUGAGCUUAGGAGAGUGGUUGAGUCCAGUCGUAAAAGCAAGAAGGCCAAAGACAAGGAUGGGGGUGAGAAAAGAGGAAGUAUCUUCUCGCGUUGGAGACAGAAAUAUAAAGCACCAGAGAAACGUGAGAGUGUAAUUGCCGAGGCUGAAGAGGCUGCCUUGGAUGCCGGGGCGGUCGUGGUGGUUGGGGAGCAUGUGGAGAAGGGGAUAACGGAGACGAGAGGAUCCAAGAAGAGCAAAGCGGAAGAGAAUGUAUCAGCUGAGGAUGAGAAAGACGAAAAAGACAGACAAGAGCUGUACCAGGCCAUCGGCUACUCUCCAGAUGAGGAGUACAUCGAAUACCCCAAAGAUUAUGUGGCCCAUGAGAUCCAUGUGAUGUUCAGCACUCUCAAGCUUGAGCUCUACGGCCAGAAACAGAAAAUUGGCACACUGGUGACUGAGAGGAUCAAUGUUGAUGUGCUUAACAGGCCCAGCUCAGAGUCUGUUAGUGUGCGAGCCUCUGUGGGCACACUGGAGAUGGAGGGUGUGCCCAAUGGUAACAACCGUACCACCAUGAUUACCUCCAAAUUGGUUUCGAAAGACACUGAUGCAACACUGGUCAAUUUGGCGCUUGAGAUCAAACCUCUCGAUAGGCCUGAGAUGGAUAUUACUGUCAACGCUGUCCUUAAACCACUGCAGAUCACCUAUGACUUUGCUACUGUAGAUGGGCUCAUCGAAAUGUUUAAACCACCAAAUCAUCUUCAUUUCCAAGAGUUAACGAAUGCAGCGUCGGCGUCGUGGGAACAGCUCAAAAUCCAGACGACCGCUGGUCUCCAGGAUGCUCUUCAGAACCGGAAACAAUUGGACCUGGACAUCCGACUGCACUCCCCUUACCUCAUAAUGCCUGAGGGAGGCACCUACUCAAAGCAGUCUCACUUGGUUGUCGUGGAUCUGGGAGAGCUGAGAGUGUUCGGGACCACUAAGGACCCUAAGCAGCUACCUAAGAAAUUGUCUGAUACUGCUGGUGACUUCAGUGAAUAUUAUGACAAGUUUACUGUGAAGCUUGCUGGGAUGCAAGUGCUGGUCGCCGAACCAGGAGAGGACUGGCGUGGUGCCAUGGCCAGUGGGUCCUCUCCCCUCCAUAUCAUCGCGCCCACUGGGUUUGAGAUUCAGCUGCUCAAGAGUAUGAUCACUGACGAUGCCCUCCUGGCCACCAUGAGGGUGGAGGGGACCAUUCCUGGUUUUGAGAUCAACCUCUCAGACACCCAAGUUGCUACACUUGUCAAGACUCUUGCUUCUCAGAAGAUGCCUCCAUCGCUGGUCAACAAGGGUGUGGAAUAUAAUGAACUGCCAUCAAAGCCAGUGUCAAGGCCAGUGCUGGACAAUGCAGCACAACUGGUGGAGAUGGACACUGUGUCUCUGAUGUCCGUGUCUAGCUUUGGGGACGAGGAAUAUGAGGAGGAGGCUGAGUGCUCCAUUACACCCUCACUCACCUCAAUCAAUUCCCUUCAACUCUCAAGUGAGGAUCAAGACCAGUCCAGGAAUGUGUUCAAAGACGUCUCCAUCAAGCUGAUCGUCAACAAGGUUGCAGUCAAGUUGUCUCAGACCACGCAGAAGGGUAAGAAGGGUGUGAGUAGCCAGUCUCCCCUGCUGGACAUCCUCAUCAGUGACAUACAGGCAGAUGUGGUGGAUAGGAAGUGGGACACACAGGGUAGCAUCACCAUGAAAGAGGUAGCCAUCCUAGACCACAUCACAACAGACGGCACCUGUAGCCCCACCUACUUGUUGAAGACUAAAUGUCUCCAUGAUGGAAACUUCGUAUCAGCAAGAUUUGUAACAGUGACCCUUGCUGGUACUGACUUUGCUGCCAAGUACACUGGGCUGCAAAACUCCGUGUCAGCGCAGCUCUCACUGGUCAAGCUGACACUGCACCGCUCCACUAUCAAGACCAUUAUCGAGUACUUCAACACUCUAGAACCAGUCCUCAACAGCCUCAGCUCUUCUGAUGAACCGAACAGUUCUUUGGGAUUGGAGACCAUCGAUGAAUCAUCAGAGACCCUCCCCACUCUUGUUACAGGUGUAGUCAAUCUGAAUGACUUCGAGAAGCCCAUCACUAAGGAAUUCCAUUUCGAUGUGCAGUUUGAGGGGGUUGAUAUUGUGUUAGUACAGGACGACAGCGAGUUCCUUGAUGCUGGACUCACAGGAUUCUCUUUGAAAGGUUCGGCUCAACCAGAAACAGUCACCAUUGUGGCAAGUAUUAAGGACCUCACAGUGAAGGAUGCUUCAAUUGCUUCGAAUGUCACCACUAUCAUAUCCAAAACUGACAAAGAGAGAAGCUUCGUCUUACUAAAUGUGGUCCAGUACAAUCUGGCGGCCAACAAGAGAAUCCCCCAUGACCUGGACUGGGUGGACACCUCCCUCAAGGCAGAGGUCAACAGGGUUAACGUCAGCUUUAACGCAACCUUCAUGAGCAAUGUGCUGGAGUUCGUGAAGCAACUGGAGAUUAACAAAUCUUCCUACACUAGUGCUGCCAAGGCAACUGCUGAAACUGCUUCUGUCACUGCCAAUGCGAUCAUAGAAAGCACCAAGACGGCUCACAGACUGAAGUUGGACCUCACCCUGCAUGCCCCUGUGUUGGAGCUGCCCUUCACCACAGAGACCAGACAAGGCAGUAUCUUCAUCGACCUCGGGGAGUUCAGAAUAUCCAAUCAUCUGAAGCAUGGUCAUGAAGCUCGUCGUGGGUCCAUUAGCAGUGACGCUACAAUGGAGACCCUCACUCUGUUAGGGGCUCAGACAGUACUCGACUGCAUGCAAAUACAGACAACAAGUGUUCAAAUAUUCAGGAGGUCCCAUUCUGCAAUGACUGAGUGUACAAUCGGGGACAGGGAGCGGUGUGACUAUGAGGAGUCCCAAAGUGUUCUCCUAGAGCCCGUACAACUCACAGCCAACAUCACUCGGAACGUCAGUCUUCCCAACAGAGCAUUCCCUAAUGUGGAUAUCAGCCUCAGUCUAGAGGCCAUUAAGCUCCAUUUGCACGAGGAGGAUAUCCAUGCCCUGAUUAAACUGGGUGUGGCAGCCUCCAGGAUAUCGGAGGUGGUGGCCACGCCCCCCAAGCCAGUUGAAGAUAUUCCUACUCGUCCUCGAUUCACCACCACCUUCUCUAGGCCGAAGAGAGACACUCUCUCAGUUAUUGGACGACAGAGAUCAAGAACUAGAGCAAAUUCCAAACUGAAGCGGUUCCACACAUACGAGGAUGUGACUGAAGUGAGGGUGGAUGCCAAACUAGCCUCUGUGACCUUCAACCUCACCACAAAUGAUGGACCACUACUACAAGCUGGAAUAACGGGUUUGUGUACCAAGGUUGAUGUGCUCAAGAGUAAAGUUCUGGUCUCUGGAAGUGCAACUGGUCUGAGUGUGGUGGACUUGUCAACACCCCCUGGGGCCUACUCCCAGGUUGUCUCCAUAGUGGACGAGAGCGGAAUUGUCUCUUCGCUCCAACUGACUAUCUACAUCCAAGAAAACGCACAUCCCCUCUCACCUUUGGGCAAGCUCCAAGCCAACGUCUCUCAAAUACAGCUCUACAUCCCUGUGCCCUUUGUUAUCAGUACAGUGAUGUUUGUCCAGCGACUGGGAAUAGACAAGGCUAUGCUAGAGACUGCCUCCAAGACCGCUCAGGACGGAGCCACUGCAGUCACUACUGCUGCUCAAGACAAGUUCCUCAUGGUGGACGUGAAGGUGCAAGCACCAGUGCUGAUAGUUCCCACCAGUCAGGAGGCCACUCAAGGACUCAUGGUGGAUCUGGGUUCAUUGUCCAUUCAGAACACACUUUUAGCCCCGGCUGAUAAUGUGGGGGUGGAUGCUUACGGCUUUACUCUCUCGUCAUUCAAGAUAUCCAGAGUCUUAUUGGAUCCCAGUGUGAUGGUGGGUUGUCCGGUGCUGGCCGAGCGCACGCUCCUCCAACCAUUUGACCUCCUCCUUGCAGUGGAGCGUAACCUGUGUCCCUGGUACACUAAGAUACCCACCAUCAACAUCAACCUGAACAUGAAUGAUCUCAAGAUAUACCUCGGCUCUGAUGACAUAAAGGAGUUCUUUUCAUUUGGAAUGAGCCUCGGUGAUCAAGUGUCUGAUUUACUGCCUCAUCCUCAACCUGUGACCGAGGCAGACAGUGUGUCCAGUGGUAAUUUACCAGCUCAGUCUGAGAGUACUGAGUCAGCAGACAUUUCUCGAGCAGAUUCUGAGACUGAGGCCUUUGAGUUCCUUAGGGUACUCUCCUCUCUCACCGGGUUUGAGAUAAAACUCUUCAGAGAUGAACCCAAACUGAGUUCCAGUGAUGUAGUGUCCCAAAGCUUCUCAGAGUUGGAAGACUAUGCUCUUGCCUCGCUGCAACUUGUUACCAUGGAAGCGAGUGUCAAUAUGUCUUCCAACAAUGAAGUGAAUCUGAAGGCAUCUAUGAAAGACAUUGCUCUCUGUGACAUGCAGAAUGGGAAACAAGACAAGAUAACCGGGAACCGUGUUAUCCAGCACUACACGAGCAACCCACUCAAGGCCUACACUGGACAGAUUGAGCACCCAGUGGUCAGCCUUCAGUACUUCCUCAGGAACGAGCAACAUAUUAUCAUCUUCAAGGCUCAGAAGCUGCUAAUUCUGAGUGAUGUGGAGUUCAUGAAGACAAUGGCAGACUACUUCACUGCUGCAUUUGACCCAAACAAGAACAAGAAGGACUCAACUAAGGACUCAACUAAAGACCCAGAGAACACUGACUUAGAAAAAACUCUCACUGAAGACACCAAACCUAAACUAGUCAAGCAAGACACUGUGUUGACUAAGAAGAAGAAAAAAGCUGCUCCUUUGCCUAAAAUGAAAAUAAAUGCAUCAAUUAAGGACCUUCGAGUGGCCCUCAUUGAGAACGUUGACACACCACAACCUCAAGCUCUUACACUCAAACUGUCCACUGACGUCAAUAUGCAACUGACUGAGACGUCCAAGUUCGUGGACCUGAGUGUGGCUGACUUAGGGAUAGCCACCAGCAGCUUCUUUGACCUGGACAACACCACUUCUUGGGUGCUCCUCCCGUGCUCGAUGUCUCUACUGCUGACUGGACCAGUGGACAAGCCAGCCAUGAAUAUCCAAGCAACAGUGGAUCCUAUCUCUCUCACUCUCUCACCAGCCAUUGUCCGUCUCAUCAUACACGCUGUGCAGACACUCAUACCAAAGCAGGAGGAGAUUGUUACACCCACACCCACUGAUCUCUGGGAGAAGAAGCUAGUCAGUGAAUCUAGUCUUUGGUUUUUCUCACCAGUCAAGCUGCACAAGGCCAUCACCGACGCCGCUGACACUGAGGUCAAGGAAGAAGUGUUAACUGUGACCAUAGAGUCAGUGGAGGUGUACCUGGAGAGUGAGAGUGUGGAAAAUUCCCCUGGUUACCCGGUGCUUGCACUGACAGUCUCCGCUGUACUGCAACUCUUCGAAUGGACUGGGGAGCUUUCCCUGGCUGGUGAUCUACAGUGUGAGGCGUCCUACUACAAUCAGAUGGUGUCCGUGUGGGAGCCACUCAUCGAGCCACUCGAGACAGACAAUGAGGGCAAGCAGAGGCUCUGGGACCUCAGCGUCAAGAUGGAUAAGAAGUCUUCCAGUGGCCUUGAAGUGAGUGUUGCUGGCGAUGCCCCGGAAGAGAAGCCUCAGUUCUCACUGGAGCUGGCAUCCGUGUUGCCACUCCAAGUCACUCUCACUAAGACAUCUUUACAACUCAUCAAAACUCUAGUAGAAUCGUGCUCCAGGGAGUAUGGAAAGCAGGUCCAGGGAAGUGUCAAUGUGGACUCGCUGACUGGGGCUCCAUUCACGCUGGUCAACAAGCUUGGUGAAGACGUUGUGCUGUUUGUACAACCAGGCCCAACAUUGAAGUUUCGAGAGAGGGCAGAGUUCUCUAAGCUGAAUUGUGGUGAGAGUGUGGAUGUGCACUUCAAGAAAAAUGUAAGGAAGAGAUCGUAUGCCUCUCUUGUCACCCAGAGGAAGCGUGAGACUCCAGCUGUUGAUAUCUCUGUUGGAAACAAGUUUCGUCCCAUCAAGAACAUUGCUCUCGACAAUCCAGGAGAGUUUUACUAUACUCUCAUCCCUAAAACAGAAUUUAGUUCCUUGACUACGUAUGGGUUAGUUAUUGAGGUCGCUGUAACAGGAGAGAAGAAAACUAUCACUGCCAGGUCCUCUGUUCAGUUCAAUAAUCAGCUGCUAAUAGCUGUAGAUGUGUUGCUAGUCAACCCUGACAACGGUGAGAGUUCAUCCAAAGUGCUGAAAGUACUCAAACCCAACGACACAUUCUCGGUGCCCCUCCAUCGUGCAGCCAACUCAGAGUAUUACGUCAGACCAUCAGGAUUCGGGUUUCAGUCUCAGGGUCCACCUCUUUCCUGGAAGAAGUCUAAACAUGGAGACAAGGUUAACCUCAAGUGUGUCCUCUCCUCGUCUGACCCGUACUACAUCCGUGUGAACCGCACUGAGGAGUGUUAUAAGAUCAAGAGGCAAUUGCCACAGGAUGAUUUUGCUCAUCACAUCUUCCAUCUACAUCCUCCUCUCGUAGUUCAUAACCUCCUGCCCUUUGACCUCUAUCUUGACUACCCCUCUCACUGUAUUGAGCCUGGAAAGAGUGAUCACAUGCACUAUAUCAACCUGGACAAGGAGCAGGAGAUGUCGGCCAUGGUCAACAGGAAAAAAGGCUCCAGUCUCCAAGGGAAGUUUAUGUUGAAGCGUCAGUCCAGUUACAUCAACUUCUACGUUUCUGACAAGGACACAUGUGUGGAGUUAACUGUACAUAUUGAGGAUGAGUCGUACCUUAAGCUGGGAGUGUUCUGUCCCUUCUGGAUGGUCAACAAGACAGACCUCAUUCUAAUCUACAAGGAAGGAGACAAGGCCUCCACUAAUCACCCAGUAGGCAAUGAGAUUGUCCUCUUGUCCACAAGCAACAAAAAGAACAAGAUCCAACUGUGUGCUGUCACGGCCAAUAGUAGUCAGACAGAGCCCUCCAAGUACUUCUCUUUGAACGCCAUUGGCAGUAGUGGAAAUUUCUCUAGCAAACUGGGAGAUCAGAACUAUAAGUUUGGGGUUGAGAUCCGGCUAUCCCAGUUCACUCUCACCAAGUUGGUCAUUGUGACUCCCUACUACCUACUCGUGAAUGAGACAAAGGUCUCACUGCAAGUGUACGAGGAGAGCACCCCCGCAAAUAAGACCACCAUACCUCCUGAGGAGGUCAUUCCCUUCUGGCCCCUUACCUCCAACAAUAAGUUGGUCGCCGUGGUGGCCAACAGUGAAAAGGGGGAGGCUUGCUCUGCCCCCUUCAAUUAUCAGUGUUCCGACUUCACAGUCAUAGAAUACACUAGAAACAGUGAGGUGUCUGCCCUGUGUCUGGAGGUGCAGGAGUCAGAAUCUGCCACUGUGGUUACCUUCAGCCCCUACUAUCCCGGCUGUGUCCCAGUGCAGAUCAUCAAUCACUUCACUGACAUCACUCUUCAGUUUAAACAAGACACAAAGAGUCCCCUGGCCAUAGUGCACACUCUUCAGCCGAGAGAGAUGAUGUACUUCACUUGGGAUGACCCUUCAGGUAAGAAGGCCAUCAGAUGGAACUUUCCAGGAGUAGCCAAGGUCACCAACUGCAAGCCCAUCGAUGUUAACAAGGACUCCCAGCAAUCUUACAACUUCAAGUUCCUUGGCCAAGCUUCCACUAGCAGCAUCACCUCUGGAAUAUUCAGGAAGGGAAGUAAGCAGUCACUGUCAAGUGCCACUACCCCGCCACCUGUUAAAGGUGUAGGGGACGCGUGGAUAGAUAUAGACGAGAACCUCUCCGAGCAGCUGGUCUCCCCGCAAGACGAUGAAGAAGACACUGGCUCCAUUGAUAGCAGCAGCGUGUUCAGCUCAUUCAGCUCGUCCAGCAGUGCUUCUCUCCAAGGGGGCAGAGGGGCAAACAGGGGCUAUUGGAAGUCGUUUAUUGACGGCCUCCAGAGAGUCAUCAUUUUCACCCCCGAUGAGGGUGUGCUGGAGCGUAUCAGAGCAGAGAACUCUUACUCAGUACCAUUGUUCGAGGCUUCCUUGUCCUUCAGAUCCAUCGGCCUCUCUCUGGUUGACAAUGACAAGAGAAGGGAACUGGCAUACAUUGCUAUCACUCAGUCAGGGUUCAUAUGGCAGAUCGACAAGGGCAAGGGACGGUGGAAAACUGUCAACACUUCUCUCAUUGAAAUACUAGAACAGGCAUAUCAAGCAAAAGAGAUGGACAUUAAACAGAAAAACCUGACGGUAAACAUGGAGACCAUGGAGAUGUACAGUCCGAUCAAAGGCAAGCUGAGAAGAACCAAUCAUGAUGGGCUUUUUGUCAAGUUCUCGCUCUCAGAGAAAGACUACUCUGUGCAUGCGAAGAUUGGCUAUGUUCAGAUGGAUAACCAGCUGCCAUUUUCUGUGUACCCACAAGUGCUGUACCCCCUACCACCACCCCCGACUGUUGCCUCGACAACCGAGCCCAAGCCUUUCAUUGAAGCCAGUAUUAUCUUGAGGAAGAAUGACCAAUCAAAUGGAUACCACUUUAAGUACGUUCAUGUGCUGAUUCAAAAAAUGGCAGUGAAUGUGGAUCUGGGAUUCAUUCUCUCUCUCGUUGAAUUCUUCGCUCUGAAUGGAAGUGAUCCACUUUUCCAAGCUGAGUAUGUCGAAGGUGAUAUUGAGUACGUGGGAAAGUCUCUUAAGGAAACUGUAGUACCUGAGCUUGCAGAGGAUUUCAAUAUAAGCAGGAGCUUCUUUGAUGUUCUACACUUGGCUCCUAUAAAGGUGUCCCUGAGUUUUAACAUCCGCAGUGUGGGUCAGAACAAGGCUGAGAACGAAAUCACUACUGGAGACAGGUUCCUUGAGCUUUUUCUCCACUCUAUUGGAGUCAUUCUUACCUCUGUCCAAGAAACUGAAAUGAAAUUUAGUGUCUUUCAUCUUGAGUACCAACCCCAAACUGGUCGUGGGCUGACCAAUCUUCUCCUGAAGCACUAUCGUAACCAGCUCCUCUUUCAACUGCACACUCUCAUUUUUGGCUUGGAUGUGCUCGGUAAUCCAGUGUCUGUGGUGAGGGGUGUUGUGGAUGGUGCCAUCGACCUCUUCUAUGAACCUAUCAAGGGAAGUGUCCUUGGUCCAGAAGAAUUCUUUGAAGGUCUCGGCCUGGGUCUGAGAAGCUUCUUUGGUGCUGGAGUAGUAGGUGGCAUCACAGGAGCAAGUGCUCGCAUCACUGGUGCUGUGGGAGAUGUAUUUGCUAAACUCACCUUUGACAACGAAUUCAUCAACAAGAGGCAACAGCAGAAAGCAAAACCACCCAAAAUAGGAAGCAAGUUGGGAGGCUUUGCUAAGAAUUUGUUUGAAGGUAUAACCGGAGUGGUGACUCAACCCGUCAAAGGGCUUCAGAAAGAAGGGGCCGUUGGCUUAUUGAAAGGCACUGGACGUGGUCUGGUGGGACUAAUCACCAGGCCCACAGGCGGGCUUGUGGAUCUGGCCAGUGGAACACUUAACUUUGUCACAAGGAAAACACAGAUUGGUAACUUCGAGAUCACAGAUAUACGACCACCAAGAUUUAUAGGGAGGAAUGCUGUUGUGACGCCCUUCUCUCCGCAUAAAGCAAUAGGAACAGCUUUACUUGUGGGGCUUGAUGAAGGCAAUUACGUCGAAACUGAUUUCUAUUUUGGGCAUGUAGAGAUUUCGAAAAGCCCACCAAAGUUUGUUCUUGUUACUGAUAGACGAUUCACUGUGAUUGAGAGAAGAAUUCUGACGGAAGGAUGGAAGUCCUCUCAACAUGCCAUCUUCGAGUUCAUGUCCAAACCAGUGGAAUACAAAGAUGUGAAUAUUGUGGUCAGCUUUGAUCCAAAGUACAAGGAAAAAAGGUUGAACUCAUUGACUUUGUCUUCAGCAGAACUUGCUAGCGAGAUAGCUCACACUGUAAAUGAUAGCUAUCUUUCCUUUGUAAGUGAACAGUAGUCAGUCGUGAUUUUUAAUAUUGAUUUUGUAUAGACCUGCUGUAUUUUUUGAGAUUCUAAUUGACUAUA